AUGGCGAACGACUCCCCCACACCCAGCCUGGUGGAAUUCAAGGGAACUCAAUAUCAGGUGGUCAAGGAAGGACUGGCGCAGAUCCUCAACCCCCCAAGCCAAGAAGCUGCUUCUCAAGGCCCGAGGAGAGACCUCCAAGACGAAGACCCCGGCCAAUCUGUCUUCUACAACCCAAUCCAACAAUUCAAUCGCGACCUGAGCGUCCUCGCCAUUCGCGCAUAUGGCGAACACCUGAUAGACUCGAAGAGACAAAAAGCAGAUCGCAAGUUAAAGAAACAGGCUGGCAACGGAGAAAAGAAGCGGAAGCGCGAAGAUGAUCAAACCGAGAACCCUAGGCCCGCCCCCAACGCAGAAGGCAGACCACAAGAAACAGACCCGGCAACUCUCCCUGAGCAGCCUGCUCCCACUGAAAAGCCGAUUGGCCUGACUUCAGAAACUGCAUCACACUUCUCGAUCCUCGAUGCCCUCUCCGCCACUGGACUGCGUGCCCUGCGCUAUGCUUCGGAAAUCCCCUUCGCGACCAGGGUGGUAGGCAAUGACUUGUCUGAGUCUGCAAUCAAGUCCAUGAAGACCAACAUCGAAUACAACAAUAUCAAAACCAUCCAGCCAAAUCUGGGUGACGCGAGAGCCUACAUGUAUGAGAAUGUAGGCAAAUUCGACGUGAUUGAUUUGGACCCCUAUGGCACAGCGUCCCCUUUCAUCGAUGCUGCUAUCCAAGCAGCUAGAGAUGGUGGUCUUCUUUGUGUCACUUGCACCGAUGCAGGUGUCUGGGCUUCCACUGGUUACUCCGAGAAGGCAUUCUCGCUGUACGGUGGCAUCCCCCUCAAGGGCUUCCACUCCCAUGAAAGUGGACUGAGGUUGAUUCUGAACUCCCUUGUUAUGUCUGCGUCUAGAUAUGGAAUCGCGAUUGAGCCAUUGCUGUCUCUUUCGAUCGAUUUCUACGCGCGUGUCUUUGUUCGAGUUCACAAGUCUCCUGCUCAGGUGAAGUUCAAUGCCGGUAACACAAUGGUUGUCUACAGCUGUGACGCUGGAUGUGGUGCCUGGACUACUCAAUACAUUGGCCGCACCACAACCAGAACGAACAAGAAAGGAAACCCCAUGCACCACCACGGUAUUACCAAGGGGCCUACUUCGGCUCCCCGAUGUGAGCACUGCGGCACCAAGACCCAUAUUGCAGGUCCCAUGUGGGGUGGCCCGCUGCACAACCCUCAAUUCAUCCAGAAGAUCUUGGCCUUACUCCCCGGUGCCGAUCCUGAAACUUAUGGAACUUGCGCUCGUCUCGAGGGCAUGUUGACUACCGCCCUCGAAGAAGACCUGGAUUUGACAGCAGCAUCCGACGCAAACAAGCCAGAACAGUCAUCCGAAACGGCAGAGAGCACAAAGACUCAAGAAAACGCUGAAUACCCUGCCAUCAUCCCCCGAAUGGAUGUCUCUUUGAGAGAAAAACACCCCUUCUACUUCUCCCUCAGCGCACUAGCAAAGGUCCUGCAUUCCACCACCGUCCCAAUCGACGACUUCCGCGGUGCCCUCAGCAAUCUCGGAUACCGUUCCACUCGCUCCCACACCAAACCAAACACCGUCCGCUCCGAUGCCCCCUGGGAGGUCAUCUGGGAGGUCAUGCGCGAAUGGGUUCGCCAGAAAUCGCCUAUCAAGGAAUCUGCCCUGGCCCCCGGAAGCGCUGCUGCCGUCAUCAUGUCGAAGAGCCGCGAAAACAUCCGCAAGCUCGACGAUAAAGACCCAUCGCUAUCCCUCUUGAAGCAAGAUCUGCUCUCUGCUGUCGAGUCAGGAGGCGAUGUCAGUGACUUGGUUACCAAGGUCGAGGCGGCUCUCUACCGAUCUAAAUCACGAGCUCCGCAGCCCACAGUCUCUGAACCACAACCCGAAUCCGCCGCCCCCAAAUCCCCGGCUGAGAACCCUGCACAGAAAUCACAGCCGGCUCACCCGAGUACCCUUGAAGUAGUCUUUGAUGCCAGGCUCGGCCGUGCCGUCUCUGCGGCUCAUAGCAAAAAGCGUCUCGUGCGAUACCAGAUGAACCCUCGUGCCAACUGGGGUCCUCUGAACCGUGCUAGUCGAUCUUGA